AUGUACCUGGCGCAGGUGACGGGCGAGGAGGAGAGGUACUUUUCCGCCGUCGAAGCCGACUAUGAGCGCUACAAGAGCUACGAGAAGGAGGAGCACGACUUUGAGGGCUUCCGGCGGAUGUUGGUGGAGUUGAUCUACUUUCUCCAGGACGACGUCCCCGACUCGAGCAACCUCCUCCACUUUCGAAAGGCUCUCACGAAGAUGACCUCAAAGGGCGGCAGCUUUGGCGGCGACUACUCGGGCGUUCCGCGCCUCCGCACCGGAUCACGCCCGCCGCACCGGGCGUACAUCGCCACCGACAUCACGAAGCACAUGGCCCUGGAGGACUGCACCUACGGGGGCAUCUUCGCUCUGGCCUCGACGCUUUUCACCGCCAAUCGCUACCAGUCGAAGCCGGAGCCGCUGACGUUGCUAGGGCUGGGCCGGGCGCUGGUGGACACCUGUCACCGGGCGGCCAGCGGAACGUCGACCGGCCUUCCGCCGGAGACGUUCUACUUUGAUGUGCCCGGAGUUGUGGUGGUGAAGAAUGAAAAUGAGGGCGGCGGCAAUGGUGGUGCUGGAGGCAAUUCGAUCAUCGGCACCGGAGGCUACGCCCUGACGCCCUACCUCGCGCAGACCUACUAUCUGCUGCAUCGCGUCACCGGAGAUGAGGCCUACCGGCGGAUGGCCUGGGAGCUGGUGGUGGCCAUUGAGAAGUUCUGCAAGGUGGUGGGCACUGAAGAUGGUGGUGAUGAAAAAGGUGUUGGCUAUUCCAGUGUAAAGUCUGUCAACAUUGACGAGCAAAGUGGUGGUGAACCGCCGGAGCACCUGGACGUCAUGCCGCCCGCCUUCCUCGGCGCCACGCUCAAGUACCUGUACCUGAUUUUCGCCGAUGAUGCUGCUGGUGAUGAGAAGAACUUCCGCUUCCCCGUCGACCA